AAAAUCUUCUACUCUAUUUCCGCCUUGCUGGCAACAGCUGACAUAUGAUCAUGCGUCACUGCGAUAACUCACUCUCGAUUAGGUCUUAUAUAAAGAAUCAGUAGAAAAGUUGAAUCUGUACCGAAAGAGCAAAGAGUGGGAGCAAGAAAAAUAACAAUUUGAGUCUGUCUUUCUCUCUGUUAUACUGUAGUUGUGUUCUCAUCUCCGUCACUUGCUCAGCAGGAGGAAAGGAAAGAAAACAGAUCCCAAGAGUGUUUAAAAAAAUGGCAGAGGAACAACGAAUUGUAAUUCCAAGAGUGAAACUGAGUAACCAAGGGUUUGAGGUCUCAAAAUUAGGCUUUGGAUGUAUGGGACUUACUGGUACAUACAAUGCUCCUCUCUCUGACGAGGAUGGCAUUUCAAUCAUUGAGGAAGCAUUCAAUAGAGGAAUUACAUUUUUUGAUACAGCUGAUGUUUAUGGACCUCACACAAAUGAAGUCUUGGUUGGCAAGGCAUUAAAGAAAUUGCCUAGAGAAAAGGUCCAGUUAGCUACAAAAUUUGGCAUUGUUAUCAAGAACUCUGAUUAUGCAAAUGCUUCGGUUAAUGGUAAACCUGAAUAUGUUCGGGCAUGCUGUGAGGCUAGCCUAAAGCGUCUUGGCGUGGAAUAUAUUGAUCUCUACUAUCAACACCGAAUUGACUCUACAGUGCCAAUAGAGGAAACUAUCGGAGAGCUUAAGAAGUUAGUGGAAGAAGGAAAAGUGAAGUACAUUGGAUUAUCUGAAGCAAGUCCUGACACAAUAAGGAGGGCACAUGCAAUUCAUCCGAUCACUGCUGUGCAAAUGGAAUGGUCACUUUGGACUCGUGACAUUGAAGAAGAAAUAAUACCACUUUGCAGGGAACUUGGAAUUGCAGUAGUUCCAUACAGCCCUCUUGGUCGAGGUUUUUUUGGUGGCAAAGCGGUUGUGGAAAGUUUACCUUCAGAGACUAACUUGAGAAAACAUCCAAGGUUCACAGAAGAAAAUGUUGAAAAGAACAAGGUAUUUUAUAUUCGAAUCGAAAAUUUGUCAAAAAAUUAUGGAUGUACUUCUGCACAGCUUGCUCUUGCAUGGGUUCUCAAUCAAGGGGAUGAUGUUGUCCCCAUUCCUGGUACGACCAAGAUUAAAAAUCUUAUUGACAAUAUUGGAGCAUUGAAAAUCAAGCUAGCAAAAGAAGAGUUGAAGGAGAUUUCUGACGCUGUCCCCAUCAAUGAGGUAGCUGGAAAUAGAUCUUUCAAUUUCCGCCAGACCUUUAAGUUUGCGAAUACACCGUUGCCCAAAAAUGCUGAUGCGGCAACCUAAGAUGUGUGAGGAAGCAAGCAGUUGUAUCUUAUAAAGCACAUAAAUCUCCUCUUAAAAUAAUUGUGGUAGUGACAAUGUGACAAAGAAUAAUAGCUGCAUUGUGAAUUAUCAAAUUCAGCUUUGCUGUUCUUGAAAAUAUGUGAAAGCUUUCAUUUAGGACGACGGCACACCAGAUAUGCAAAUGAUUCUAUACUUGAUGUUUACCUAUUAAGUCUUACAUUAUAAGAAAAACUUAUAUGUAAUUUUCUUAA